AAAAGGAAGCAAUCAAUAAACAUUUAUUAAGCAUCAACCACUUAAGAGAGGAAAGCAUUCCCUGCCGUCAAAGAGUUUAACAAUCUAAUGGGGGAGAUAACAAGCAAACAAGUUUAUACAAACAAGCUGUAUGCAGGACAAAAAGGAAAUAAAUUAACAGUGGGAAGGCACUGAAUUAAGAGGGGUUGAAUUGUAGAAGGUAGAAAUUUAGUUGGGAUUUAAAAGAAGCCAAAGAGGUAUGUAGCCCAGCGCAGAGGAGGCACCACAAUAAAGUAAUAAAGCCAUGCUUUACAAGUUAGUUCACUGAGUCCAGGUAUUAGAGCUGGAAAGGAGUAAAAACCGGGUAGCUAAAGAAGGGGAAGCUUAGAUAUUAAUAGCCUAGUGCCAGGAGGAGGAGCCUGUGCGGCUGCUUCCGUCCUCUCCCGGGCUAGGCCGAGAGGAGUCCCACUCUAGGGAAGCGGAGGCAGAGAAAGGUUCUCUUAGAUCCCUCGUGCGGAGCCUAGCGGAGGUGAGAUUAAACUUUCCAAACUCGUUUUCUUUUCGUGGUGGAGGCUUCUGGUUGAAACUGCAUCUUCCUUCAUCCCGACGCCUUUAAGGGCCUGAAGCCGGACUUGACCAGUUCAGAACGAUGGCAACGGAAAAGAAACCAGAAUCUGAAGCCCGGAAAACACCACCUACACCUUCCUCCUCAACCAAUCAGAGCAAACCUGCACCUGUAAAACCAAACUACACCUUAACAUUUACAUUAGUAGGACAUACUAAAGCUGUUUCUUCGGUAAAAUUUAGCCCUAAUGGAGAAUGGUUAGCAAGUUCUUCUGCAGAUAAGCUCAUUAAAAUUUGGGGAGCGUAUGAUGGAAAAUGUGAGAAAACAAUAUCUGGGCAUAAACUGGAAAUCUCGGAUGUUGCCUGGUCUUCAGAUUCCAAUCUUCUUGUGUCUGCUUCCGACGAUAAAACUCUUAAAAUCUGGGAAGUGAGCUCGGGGAAAUGUCUAAAAACCUUGAAGGGACACAGCAAUUACGUCUUUUGUUGUAACUUCAAUCCUCUCUCCAACCUAAUCGUUUCCGGCUCUUUUGACGAAAGCGUAAGGAUAUGGGAAGUGAAAACGGGACAGUGCCUCAAGACAUUACCUGCUCACUCUGAUCCAGUUACAGCUGUACAUUUUAAUAGUGACGGAUCUUUGAUAGUGUCAAGUAGUUAUGAUGGUCUCUGCCGCAUCUGGGAUACGGCAUCGGGUCAAUGUUUAAAAACACUUAUCGGUCAUGAUAAUCCUCUUGUGUCUUUUGUGAAAUUCUCUCCAAAUGGUAAAUAUAUUCUUGCUGCAACUUUGAAUAAUAUUCUUAAACUUUGGGACUACAGCAAAGGGAAGUGCCUAAAGACAUAUACUGGACACAAGAAUGAAAAAUACUGUAUUUUUGCCAACUUUUUAGUCACCGGUGGAAAGUGGAUUGUGUCUGGGUCAGAAGAUAACCUUAUUUACAUUUGGAACCUUCAGACCAAAGAGAUUGUGCAGAAGUUACAAGGUCACACAGACGUUGUGAUCUCCACAGCUUGUCACCCAACAGAAAACAUUAUUGCAUCAGCUGCAUUAGAAAAUGAUAAAACUGUUAAACUCUGGAAGAGUGACUGUUAAACAUUUUGAAUAUCAUGUUAGAGAACUGUAUCACCAAGUAGAUCCUGCUGGGCAAAAAGCUUAACUAUAUGAGAAUGUGGUUUCUGGACCUUAAGGAAAAUCUCCUUUAUCAUUCCCCAGAAUGGGUAGCCUGGUAAGAAAAGGAAGCAUAUGCUUGAUUUGACAGGAAUUUUUUCCCAAUUUUUUUAAAGAAAGGAAACAAACAGUUACUAAGUACUUAAUAAAUGUGCUAGGUGCUUUUACAAAUAUUAUCUCAUUUGAUCCUCACAACAAGCCUCGGAGGUGCUAUUAUUAUUCUUCAACAGUUGAUGAAACUCUGACAGACAAGCUAAGUGAUUUGCCCAGGGUCUCACAGGUAGCAAAUGCCUGAGAAAAGAUUUUGAACUUAGAUCUUCCUGACUCCAGGUCCAGUGCUCUAUUUACUAUGAAACUUUGCCAAGGAAAAAUUUUGCUUAUAUUACUAGAAGAUCUCAAAAAGCUUUGAUGAUACUUCUUGCCAACUCUCCUAGUGAUGUCAAAGGAAGAGCUUUCAUCUAAAUUAUGUAUAUAUUGAGUCAAUAAAAUCUUGAAUUUUUCAUUUUUUAAAA